AUGGGGAAAGAUUUCUUCCUGAUCAGAUUUAGUAAUAGUGAUGACUAUGACAAGGUGCUGCGAAGGGGUUCGUGGUUUGUCGGAGAACAUUUCCUUGCUAUCAGGCUGUGGGAGCCAUAUUUUAAAGCAUCAGAGGCUAAGCUAUCUUCAGUGGCUAUGUGGGUAAGAUUACCAGAACUUCCGAUUGAGCUCUACGAUGCUUCAAUGCUCAGGGAGAUUGGGAGCGCUAUUGGGCCAAUGCUUCGUAUUGACUCUUACACAACCUUUGAAUCUAGAGGCAGUUAUGCGAGAUUAUGUAUCCAAAUAGAUAUUGAUAAACCUCUCAUCAAAUCCAUAUGGGUAGGUAGACUAAUACAACAAGUCUUGUAUGAAGAUAUUUCUUCUUUGUGUUUUUGCUGUGGCCGCUUGGGACAUAAGCAAGACAACUGUCCUUAUCGUGUCAAGCAUGCAACGAAGGAAGGAGAUGAAUCAAAUUCGUUGACUCCUAAUGAAGCCACGCAACCUGUCCAGUCCGAUCCCAACUAUGGGCCCUGGAUGGUAGUUACAAGAAAAAAGAAUACCAACACGCCAGGCCGACCACAUGGGCCCACUCAUCUGAGCCAAACAUUAGCAACGGGUCUUAAGGGCAAUUUGGACCUUCCAGAGGCGAACACUUCAAAAGGAAUGGAAAAAAAUCUUAACAAGUCAAAUCCUAGGGAUUUGGUAACAUCCUCAGCUGAAGAAAUACGUGUGGAGGCAGCACAAAACACGGAGGACAUAAUGAGCAUCCUAAAGUAUAUGAUGAUAUGGAAACCAGAGUGGAUGGGGUCCAAAGAUUUUCUGAGGAGGAUGGGAUGGAGUAUGGUGGAGGAAGCCAUGAUGAAUUCUAAUCCACAAGAGAUUGAGGGAGCGUUGAAUGCUGAUUUCAAAAAGAGGAUUUUUGAAAUGACUAUUAAUCAUCACCCUUCUAUUAUGGUGGUCACUAAGACAAGGGUGGGAGGAGACAUAGCAACUAGGAUCAUUGAAGAGCUACCUUUUGAUGGUUGCAUCACUACUGACACCAUCGGCUAUGUUGGGGGGCUUUGGAUUUUAUGGAAGAAGGAAGAUGUGAAAGUUUUACUUCUUUUAGCUGCGGAGCAGGAAAUUCACGCUUCAAUUAAGGUGAGUUCAUCUAAUUUUACGUGGUUAAUUUCUACAAUCUAUGCUAGUCCUAGGUUAGCGAAAGGACGGAUUUUAUGGAAUAACCUUAAAACUGUUGCCCAUCUCCACAAUCUUCCUUGGCUCAUGUUAGGAGACUUCAAUGAAGUGUUAUGUGGGGAUGAUAAGUUUGGGGGGAACACUGUGAAUAUAAAUAAGGCAUUGGAGUUCAAAGAUUGCCUAGACAAAUGUAAUAUGUUGGACUUGGGAUUUGUCGGUCCAAGAUACACAUGGACAAACCGGAGGCCCAUUUCAGCUCUUAUACUAGAAAGGAUUGAUAGAUGCUUUGCCAAUCCAUCUUGGAGAACUCUUUACGCGGAGGCUGCGGUGACCCACCUUCCUAGAACCUUUUCUGCCCACUGUCUAGUCUUACUUGAGCUUUGUAGGCCCAACACUAAUAACUUAGGUAAGCUAUUUCAAUUCCAAACUAUGUGGCUUCUCCAUCCCGGCUUCCCUAAAGUUGUGCAAGAAGCUUGGCUUGAGGAUAGAGAGCUACAAAUUGCUAUUUCAGAUUUUGCAAAUAGGGCUAAGAAAUGGAAUGUAGAGGUGUUUGGAAAUCUUUUCGCCAGAAAAAGAAGAGUUCUUGCGAGACUGAAUGGCUCUCAGAAAGCGUUAGCUAAUAAUCCUAAUGAUUUUCUACUGGCAUUGGAGGAAAAAUUAAUUGAGGAGUACUCUUUGAUUUUGAUUCAGGAAGAGGAAUAUUGGGCACUGAAAUCUAGACUUAAUGUGGCCACCUUUGGGGAUUGA